AUGGACGCUGAACCAUCGACCAAACCGCAUCGGCCAUCCUCGAAACUACACAAGCAGCCUCCCAGCUUGCUCAUGGCCUCGUCCAGCCCCCUAUCCUCCCUCACCAACCUCACCUCGUCCUGGUCCGUCAAGAAGAAGCAGUCCUCCACCUCGUUGCAGCGCCAUCCGUCCGCCCCAGUCUACCCACGCUCCCACGGCUCCGCGGGCAGAGACCACUCCAGAACCAGGUCCAGCAACUUUGCCUCCUCCUCUGCCUCUGUCGACCAGCUCGGGGUCGCAGUCACCACCGCGAAUGGCAGCCAGGCCUCCAGCAUCUCCAACGGCGUCGACUUUGGGCGCUUACAGGGUCAGGGUCAGGGCCCGUUCCAGAACUACGCCAAUCAGCAUGGUCCCGCCAGAGUCUCGUAUGGGCAGCACAGUUCGAUGGGAGAGGAAGACGACGUCCCCUCCACGUCUCACUCCGGCAGCAAUGAUGCGAUAGUGCCGGCAGCAGCAGUGUCAGAGACGGAGCUUCCUCCUGCCGGGUCCAGAGCGGCAGAGUUGCUCUCGCGUCCUCCCAUGCCAGCCAGCUACAAGUCGAGCCCGGACGUGUCGCCCAGUCUCAACCACUCGGCCAGCUUUUCUCCUACUACUGCUGCUGCUGCCGGUGCUACUCCUGGCCCUACGUCAGCUCCCGCCAACAGGCAUUCAGACGAAGGCCCGAGCUCAACCUCCAACUCCAAUUCACAGUCUACUUCACAUCCGAGCCAAGGAGGCAGCAGACUGUCAUUGAGCCGGAAGAAGACUGGCUUCUCCAACUUCGUCAACAGCAUGCUUGGCUCGCCUCGGAAUAUCAAGAUCUCUGCGCCAGAGAACCCGGUGCAUGUCACCCACGUCGGAUAUGACAAUCAGACCGGACAGUUUACGGGCCUGCCAAAGGAUUGGCAACGCAUGCUCCAGGAAUCAGGUAUCUCAAAGAAGGAGCAAGAACAGCACCCGCAGACAAUGGUCGACAUCAUGAAGUUUUAUGAAAAGAACGCCGCUGGCCGUGAAGACGAUGGCGUCUGGCACAAGUUUGAUAAUGCCAGACAUCUGGUGGACCAUGAUCAGGUCACACCCAUUACCAACAACGUUGUUUCAACGGUUACCUCUCCCCGUUUUCCCCAGAAUCACGAAGGAAGCUUUGAGAACCCUCGCGCGCCACCCCCGAUCCCACGAUCGACGCCCUUGGCUAGUCCACCUCCUCCCGCUCCUCCGACCACCACCUCCACUUCCCCGGGCUCCGGAUGGGUCCCCAAUCGAGCGGCUCCCAAGGCCCCCACGAAUCUUGUCGCCGCCAGACCACCGCCUCAGCCGCCAAUUACCCCCACCGGCGCAGCAGGCUCUCUUCCAUUUGGUGUGCAGACUAUUCCCGAGUCUGCGCCCUUGCCUACCACCAGAAGUCGUUCAAACUCCAACGCCAAUGGCGGAGUCAGCCCCGGCGGCCUCUCCCGCAAACCCUCUGCGGCUGUUACUUCGCCGGCAGUGUACCAGCAGAUGCAGGAGCAAGCUAUCACUGCCGCCCAGCAGGCCAUCACCAACAAACAGAUCGAACGAUCCAGAAGCAUGAGGCAGCAGCAGCAGCAGCAGAUGCCCCCUGAAUCAUCGCCUGUAGAUGGUCAACCUCCCGACUCUCACAUCUACGCUCCUCCAGCUCCAGCGCCUGCACAGAACUUCCCAUCCCAACACGCAGCUGGCCCCCGAGUAGUCCCCGCUCCGGUUCCAGCACAUGCCCCUCUUCCGGGCCCCAACCAGAUGCCCCCCGGUGCUGCCCGUCCCCGCAUACGCCCACGUCAAGCUCCCACCCCCACGAUCGACAUCCGCGCCCGUCUCAAUACCAUCUGCACCACCGGCGAUCCUACCCGCAAAUACCGCAACCUGCAUAAAAUCGGCCAGGGUGCGUCCGGCGGCGUGUACACUGCUUAUGAGAUCGGCACAAAUCACUGCGUAGCUAUCAAGCAGAUGAACCUCGAACUGCAGCCCAAGAAGGACCUCAUCAUCAAUGAGAUCCUGGUCAUGAAGGAGAGCCGACAUAAAAACAUCGUCAAUUACAUGGACAGCUUCUUACACGGCGGAGACCUCUGGGUCGUCAUGGAGUACAUGGAGGGAGGCAGUUUGACCGACGUGGUUACCUUUAAUAUCAUGACUGAAGGCCAGAUUGCUGCUGUCCUGCAUGGCCUGCAGCACCUGCACUCCAAGGGAGUCAUCCAUAGAGAUAUCAAGUCGGACAACAUCCUUCUCUCCCUAGAAGGAAACAUCAAGCUAACUGACUUUGGCUUCUGCGCCCAAAUCAACGAUGCACACCACAAGCGCAACACCAUGGUCGGAACACCCUACUGGAUGGCUCCAGAGGUAGUGACCCGCAAAGACUACGGCCGUAAAGUAGAUAUCUGGUCCCUAGGCAUCAUGGCCAUCGAAAUGAUAGAAGGCGAACCACCUUAUCUCACUGAAUCCCCUCUUCGAGCCCUCUACUUGAUCGCUACAAAUGGCACGCCCACGAUAAAAGAUGAACAGAAUCUCUCGCCAGUCUUUAGAGAGUUCCUGGCUCUUGCGCUGAAAGUCGAUGCUGAGAAGAGAGCUUCUGCACACGAUUUGUUAAAGGUACGCUACCCCAUUUUUCUUAUUGCCUUUUAA